AUAAGAUGUGUUCUCGGGUUGCAGUUCUUUUCUUCGUUCUUUGUCUUGAGAACAUCGACUGUGUAACCCAACUGGAUAUUCGAUCACAGUUUCAGCCAACGUUGCUACGUUUACAAGAUUUAGCAAAUGUUAAGUAUGUGCAGACCGACAACGAAUGCAAAUUUUUGGUGACCCACUUGAAGAAGUAUCAAACCAGGGUUAAAUUGUCUUCGCGCAUCCAAAUUAGGAACAUCAGAAAAGCCGUAGCAGCUGCUAGAAAAUUAUCACCAAAGGGCGAUACUUGUUUGAAAGAGCAAGAAGUCGCUGUUAGUCGUUUAAACACUGAUUCUUUCGACAACUGUUUUUCCAAAAGGAAUAUUUCUGAUUUGUAUGCCAGUACAGCAAAAUUUAAGAUUUUAAAACGCACAGCAGCAUCAAGUACUCUUCAUCAUUGUCGGUACUUAAGUAAUCUUCCAGACACUCAGUUGAAACCGUAUACAAAAUGUUUAUCUAACCAGGUGUCAAAAUUGAGUCUGGAAGUCAGUUUAGCCGAAAGUGGGUAUCGAAAAUUGAAAAACGCUACGUUGCACGAUGGCAUUCAGUGUUUGGUUGAUAGUAGUGGUGAUAUUUUGGGACAAAUUUGGGCUAUUAGUUACCAAAUCGGCAAAUGCGGAUGUCGCAGAUUGUAA